GAGGGAGGGAGAGAAUUCAGGGAUAAAAGUUAGUGUGGAGGAAGCUCUCAAAAGAAACAGUUCCUACAUGCCUCAGAAGCAGUAAAACAAACAUAACCUUCAGAGGAAAUCCAUCAGACAGUGAAGUUCAGCACAGGAGGAACUUUCUAACUCUACAGGAAAGCCCUCUUUUUAGGGUAAUGUUGAAGAGAUAAAAACAUUACUUGUGCAGACAGUAAUUACUGUAAGAAGCUCUGUGGUUAAAUAAAGAAGACUGUGCUUGACAGAUCUACUGAAUUUCUUGUUGAAAGAUGGAAGACAUUGAAAACUACACCAGUCUACAAGAGUUCACAGAGGAUAUCUCUCAUUGUGGGAACAGACCGAUACUCAACACAUUACAGGACAAAAAGGGUGUCCACAAAGGAGCAAAGUGUUUGAGGGGGCAGGCCCCUCUUGUCCUGUCCAUUGCUCUAUUGGCCUCUGUUUUUGCAAACAUAGUACUGGGAGUUCUCUUAGUUAACAGUCGCAAAGCAUCUCCUACUGCACUGCCAGCUAAGAAUGAUGAAUCUGAGGCUGCUUCUCUGACUCUUAAACUUACCGCCAUGCAGGAACGCUUCUCUCGCCUUUGCUCUGAAUACACGACUCUUGGACAGACUUGCUCAAAACAGGUGAUCCAAUGUAGGCCAUGCCCAGAGACUUGGAUGCAUAUGGAAGGAAUGUGUUAUUUCUUUAGUGAGGAUAAACUUGACUGGGAACACAGCAAAGAGAGCUGUGCAUCCAUGGGCGGCCACCUGACUAUACUCCACAGCUAUGAACAACAUCACACCCUUGAGAGUGUCGCACGCCAGCGUGGUGGAUCGGACUAUCAUUUCUGGAUUGGUUUAUCAGAUGCUGAGACUGAGGGGGUGUGGAAAUGGGUGGAUAACACAGUUGUUAAUAGGACGUUCUGGAAUGAAUGGGAUAAAGAGCCAAAUAAUCACCAGUCCGGUGGGAUUCAUGGCGAGGACUGUGCAGUGCUGGAUUCUCACUCCAAAUCUUGGUUUGAUGUGCCCUGCGAUUUCAUUUACAAACGUAUCUGUGAGAUGGAUCCUAUCACCAUUGACAUGUGAAGUGGAAGUGUGCACAAUUUAUGUCUCUAUUUUUUCUAUUGCCCCUACUAUUUUUAAUAAAAAAUGUAAUGUGAUUUAUGAA